GGCUGAGCUGCUCCCUUCCUUCAGUAGCAAUAGAGGGGUUCAGCAGCCAGCAUGGCCACAGCUGCCUCCAGCCCCUACACCCUGCUCAGCUCCAGUCCCAUGAUCCACCCGGACAGCCAGGCCAUGCAGCCUGCUAGCCCCUACAGAGGCCACCAGAAACUUCUCCAAAGUGACUACCUGCAGAGCGUCCAGAGCAACGGACACCCUCUCGGGCACCAGUGGGCGAGCAGUCUGUCGGAGGGCAGCCCCUGGUCGGCCUCCAUGGAGCAGCAGGACGUAAAACCCGGCCGAGAGGACCUGCAGCUUGGCAUCAUCCAUCAUCGCUCCUCGCACGUAGCGCAUCACUCCCCUCAUCACAACAACCAUGGCAACCACCCCGGAGCCUGGGGAACUCCGGUGUCCCACAACUCCUCCAUCACCAGCGGGCAGCAGAUUAACAUCUACUCGCAGACGGGCUUCAAUGUCAACGGCAUGCUGGACCACGGUGGCCUCACACCUCCACCCAACCCGCAGGGCCAAGGCAUGCACCCGGGCCUCAGGGACACGCUCAGCCCCGAGCACAGCGACCUCGGCGGCCACCACUGCCACGACCACUCCGACGAGGAGACGCCGACUUCGGACGAGCUGGAGCACUUUGCCAAGCAGUUCAAACAGCGGAGGAUCAAGCUGGGCUUUACGCAGGCGGACGUGGGUUUGGCUCUGGGCACGCUGUACGGGAACGUCUUUUCCCAAACCACCAUCUGCAGGUUCGAGGCUCUGCAGCUGAGCUUUAAAAACAUGUGCAAACUAAAGCCGCUGCUGAACAAGUGGCUGGAGGAGGCAGACUCGUCCACGGGCAGCGCUAGCAGUAUAGACAAGAUAGCAGCUCAGGGGAGGAAGAGGAAGAAGAGGACGUCCAUCGAGGUCAGCGUCAAGGGGGUUCUGGAGACGCACUUUCUCAAGUGUCCCAAACCCUCCGCGCCGGAGAUCACCUCGCUGGCGGACUCGCUGCAGCUGGAGAAGGAGGUGGUGCGCGUGUGGUUCUGCAACCGGAGGCAGAAGGAGAAGCGCAUGACGCCGCCGGGAGAGCCGCCGCCGCACGAGGGACCCUAUUCUCACAGCGGGAGCGCGGGAGACGCCUCCUCGUGCCACGAUCUCUGACCGAAGCACCGGGAGGAAUCCCCCGGCAUGCACAGACUCUCGAGCGCAGGGGCGCGCGGUGGCACCUCCAAGCCCCCCGUGGCUGUCCCGGACUCAGACAGACUCCUCCAGCUGUCUCCAGCACUGAAACACAACAACAACAACAACAACAACAACAACAACAACAACAACAGCAAGAACAGAGAUCUACCUGUUCAGCCUUCGUCAUUUUCUAACUGUCAUGAGGGCAUUAUUCUAGAGCGGCAUAUCAGACGUCACAUUUCAGAUUACCUACCUUUGGAGCCCGGUCAAAUUAUUUUCUACAUCACGGAUAUAAAUACAAAAUGUGCCUAAUAACCUGCCAGCGCCUUUGGUUUGUGUCACCGUUUCUCAUCAGCUCAAUAAUAAUGCUAUUUGGCGGACUGGUGUUCCAUUUGUUUGGGUUUUUCUCACACACGUUCUGUUGAAGUGAAACCAGUAAUUCUAUCACAGUUUCUUAAUUAAUUUGUUGCAGCACCAGAGGCCGUUUUACAGUCCACCUCAUGCUUCCCUCGGGCAUAUACCAUGCUUUAAUUCUCUCCAUAUUUACUCAUUAUUUUGUAACAUACUCGUAGCAGAUCUGUAAUUGUUUUUUUUUUUUGCAUAUGCAAAUAUAGGCCCUCAUUCCAGUUGUAGAGGUAUUGCUACCAACAAAAUAGCACUUGGAGGUUGUUGUUAUUUUUUAUUUUAUUUUUUAAUGAAAUUCCUCCCUUAUGGCCUGUAGCUUAUGAAGCCACACACAGUUACAGCUAUUUAUAAAUUCUUUUAUUUGAUUUCAAUCAUCUUCGACCAUAUAAACUGUGUGGACUCUGAAACAGAGCCGAGAAUAGAGAGAGAAAGGGGUUGAUGACGCUAUACACCUGCCUAUAAGUUUAUUGUACGUUCAGUAUCAAAAUUUUAUAAUCUUAAAUACUCCUGUUAUUGGUUUAUUUCCUAAGUAUUUUUUCGAAUAUUGUACAGUUUUAUAUAUUACCCUUUUGAAGUCAUUAAUUUAAACAAAUGCUCCUAGUUAUUCAUGCACUUAAUUAGCGAUGUAAACACACACACACACACACACACACACACACACACACACAAUAUUUU